AUGCCUGCUUUUUUGAAACAUAUCGAAGUAGAAAACUUUAAAUCAUAUAAAGGAAAACUUAUUAUCGGCCCAUUAAAAUCGUUUACUGCGGUUGUUGGACCAAAUGGAUCUGGUAAAUCUAAUUUCAUGGAUGCCAUUAGUUUUGUUAUGGGGGAAAAGACUAGUAGUUUACGUGUCAAAAGGUUCAACGAACUAAUUCAUGGUGCUUCGAUUGGCAUGCCAGUGGCAAGAAGUGCAUCGGUAACAGCAGUGUUCGAAUUAGAGGAUGGCAAUGAAAAGAGUUUCAUGCGCUCUGUCCAAGGAUCUUCAUCGGAACAUAGAAUUAAUAACAAUGUUGUUACAAGUCAAGUUUAUCUCAAUGAAUUGGAACAAUUAGGGAUUAAUGUAAAAGCUAAAAAUUUUUUAGUAUUUCAAGGUGCAGUCGAAUCAAUUGCUAUGAAAAAUCCAAAGGAAAGAACUGCACUGUUUGAAGAAAUUAGCAAUUCUGGAGCUUUAAAAGCAGAAUAUGAAAGAUUGCGAUUAGAAAUGUUGAAAGCUGAAGAAGAAACUCAAUUUUCAUAUCAGAAGAAGAAAGGCAUUGCGGCGGAAAGAAAAGAAGCUAAAUUAGAGAAAGAAGAAGCAGAGAAAUAUCAACGUCUUAAAGAAGAAUACAUAGAAAAACAAGUGGAGUUACAGUUAUUUCGUCUUUUUCAUAAUGAAAAAAGUAUUGAAAAUUUGGAAGUAGCACAGAAGAAGAAACAACACGAGAUAGAAAAGAUAGAAAAGAAGAAAGAGAAAGCGGAAGAACUUUUAAAAGAAAGGAAAAAGGAAGCUGGCAAAUUAGGUCGUGAACUUGCCAAAAUAGAGCAAGAUAUUAGAGAAAUGGAAGUAGAAAUCACUAAGAAAAGACCUACGUUUAUAAAAGCAAAGGAACGCGUAGCACAUAUGCAGAAGAAAGUGGAAUCGGCAAAGAAAUCUUUGGCUCAGGCGCGUAUCGCAGAUGAAGCCCAUAAAAAGGACAUUAAUGAACUUCAGGAAGAAUUACGACAAGUUGAAGAAGCUAAAGCUGCUUACGAAGCGAGUAUAGCUGGACAGUCGCAGUUGCAGGGAAGAGAUGUUCAGCUUGAAGAUGAGCAGGUUCGUGAAUACAAUCGUUUGAAAGAAGAAGCAGGCAAACAGUCGGCAAGAUAUCUGCAGCUUCUCGAUUCCAUUAACAGAGAACAGAAAUCCGAUCAAGAUAGACUUGACAAUGAAGGUAGAAAGAAAACUGAAAUAGAGAAUAAGCACAAGCAAAAAGGUCAUAUGCGCGACGAAGCUUUGAAAAGAGUAGAGAAACUAGAAGAACAUAUUAGAACGUCCGAAGCUGCGUUGGAGGAUCAAAAAAAACUUAGAGCAGAUCUGCAAUCGGAUGUUGGUACAUCUAAGGAUAAAAUACAAAAUUUGCAAAGGGAAUUAGAGAGUAUAUCCGAACAAUUAGGAGACGCUAAGGUCGACAAACAUGAAGUAUCGAGAACUAAGAAGAAGACAGAAAUUGUAGAAAACUUUAAACGUUUGUUCCCUGGAGUGUAUGAUCGCAUGUAUAAUAUGUGUGAGCCAAUUCACAAGCGUUACAACGUUGCUAUUACGAAGGUACUUGGUAAAUACAUGGAAGCUAUUGUUGUAGAUACUGAAAAAACUGCUAGGCAAUGUAUUCAGUAUCUCAAAGAACAAUAUUUAGAACCAGAAACGUUUUUACCCCUCGAUUACAUUCAAGCUAAACCUUUGAAAGAAAGACUUCGUAAUGUUCAGGAACCAAAAAAUGUGAAAUUGUUGUAUGACGUAUUACAUUUUUCACCUAAGGAUAUCGACAGAGCUGUAUUAUUUGCAACGAAUAAUGCUCUCGUUUGCGAGACUCCUGAAGAUGCUAAUAAAGUCGCUUAUGAAAUGGAUAAAAAAGCCAGAUACGAUUGUGUAGCAUUGGAUGGAACAUUUUAUCAAAAAGCUGGCAUCAUUUCUGGUGGUAGUUUGGAUUUAGCUAAGAAAGCAAAGAGAUGGGAUGAGAAACAAAUGUCACAAUUAAAGGCGCAGAAGGAAAAAUUGACGGAGGAACUAAGGGAGUCAUUAAAGAAGUCUCGUAAGGAAUCUGAAUUAAAUACAGUCGAAUCCCAAAUACGUGGACUUGAAACUCGUUUGAAAUACAACAAAAGCGACUUGACAGCAACUAAAAAACAAAUUGCUGAACACGAAUCCGAAUUGGAAAGUUUACAAAGCGAUUUAAAUAUGUUUGGUCCUACAAUAGCUGCCAUUGAAAAGACUAUGGCUGAGAGGGAUCAAGAAAUCCAAAAUAUUAAAGAAAAAAUGAAUAACGUUGAGGACGACGUAUUUGCAAGUUUCUGUGAACAAAUUGGUGUUUCUAACAUACGUCAAUACGAAGAAAGAGAAUUAAGAUCGCAGCAGGAAAGAGCAAAGAAACGUAUGGAAUUUGAGAAUCAAUGUAAUCGUAUAUACAAUCAAUUAGAUUUCGAGAAACAACGCGAUACAGAAAGUAAUGUUUUGAGAUGGGAACGUGCCGUUCAGGAUGCCGAAGAUAAAUUAGAAUCAGCCAGACAAACGGAGUCCCAUCAAAAGUCUGAAAUAGAUAACGAUGAAACGCAAAUGGAAGAAUUUAAAUCAUCGCGUAGUGCUAAGAAAAUGGAAGUUGAUCAGAAAGACGAUGAAAUUGGUAAAGCUAGACGCGAAGUUGGAACUAUUGCAAAGGACAUUCAGUCGGCGCAAAAACAAUUAAAUUCUAUCGAAUCAAAAAUAGAACAAAAGAAGGCAGAACGUCAUGCUAUCUUAAUGCAGUGCAAGAUGGAAGAUAUUGCAAUUCCAAUGCUUCAUGGUAAUAUGGAAGAUAUUGCUGGAGAAACUAGUACAACUAAUACUAAUGAUACGAUCACUGACUCAUCUAUGAAUACACAACAACAAUAUGAACGUGAAAGACGAAUCACUAUCGAUUAUGCACUUUUACCAGAAACUUUGAAAGACAUUGAAGAAGAAGAUACAAAGAAAACUACAGAUAAAUUAACAAAGACAAUCAACGAACUACAAAGUACUAUUCAAAGAAUACAAGCACCAAAUAUGAAGGCUAUACAAAAGUUGUAUCUUGCUAAAGAAAAGUUACAAGAAACUAACGAAGAAUUUGAACAGUCGCGUAAGAAAGCAAAAAAAGCAAAAACACAGUUCGAGAAAGUGAAAAAAGAACGACACGAUAGAUUCAUGGCAUGUUUUGAACACGUUGCUAACGAAAUUGAUCCUAUUUAUAAGAGUUUGGCAAAAAAUCAAUCUGCUCAAGCGUUCCUUGGACCAGAAAAUCCAGAAGAACCAUAUCUCGAUGGAAUUAAUUACAAUUGCGUGGCACCUGGCAAAAGAUUUCAACCGAUGUCCAAUCUUUCAGGAGGAGAAAAAACUGUGGCAGCGUUGGCUUUGUUAUUUGCGAUUCAUAGUUUUCAACCAGCACCAUUUUUCGUUUUGGAUGAAAUUGAUGCAGCAUUGGACAACACUAAUAUUGGAAAAGUAGCGAGUUACAUUAGAGACAAAACGAGCUCUCUUCAAACUAUUGUUAUAUCAUUGAAAGAAGAAUUUUAUUCGCAUGCAGAUGCACUUAUUGGUAUUUGCCCAGAUGUUGGUGAAUGUUUGGAAAGUAAAGUUUUAACACUCGAUCUAACAACACUUCCAACACACAUUAAUUAAUCUUAAAAUUUUUUUAAUUAUUAUUAUUAUUAAGAUUUG